ACUGGGGCUUUUGUACAAGGCUGGGAUUUCCUCAUCAAAACAAAUCCACACUGACUGUCUCUCCGCCCACAACUGAGAAUUUCUGCUCAGCCGUGCAACCAGAUCCUGUAUGUCCCCGACAACUUGUAGCGCUGCCAGGCCGAACUUCUUUCCGUCAUCUUACUUCGAUGCACAGUCGCCAAGGGAGCACACGUAUACAGAAAACACAAGUCUGCAGGUCCCUCAACAUCAGAAUGGUUGCAUACAUAUGGAGUUGUUGCUUGAUCUGUUCAUUGGUGGCUUUAACGCAUUCUUUAUAUGAAGCUGAAACCUGUUUUUGUGAUGGCAUGAAUUUCUGUAAUUGCUCCUCUAGACAUUUGACUGCUAUCCCUCCCAACCUGCCAAAACAACUGCAGCGACUGGACAUAUCUAAUAACCUAAUUCAAGAGAUUACAGACACAGAUUUACAGCCAUACAAGGAGCUGGAAGUACUGCUCAUGAACAACAAUGACAUCCAUUCCAUUAGCCAAAACUCUUUUCAGUCACUGGCGAACCUUGAAGAGCUGGAUAUAUCUUAUAAUAAACUAACCAGCACGUUGCCUACUUGGUUUAGACACCUUCAAAGCUUGAAACGGUUAAACCUACUUGGUAACCAAUAUACGUCCCUUGGUGAAAGCUCCCUUUUUUCUGGUCUGUCCUCACUGAAGGAUUUGAAGAUUGGAAAUGGUAACUUUGAAGCUUUUCAUAGGCAUGACUUUGAUGGAGUGUUGAGCUUAGAUAACCUAUACUUAAAUAUUUCAAAUCUCAGGCAAUAUGCAAACGGUACUCUAAAGACCAUAAAACCUAUCGGGCAUGUUACCAUUACUACAAAUAUACCCCUAUUGCCAGACAUAAUGACAGAUCUUUCGCUGUCUGCUAUUGUAUUAGAAAUCAAAAACAUGUCCUUCACACUGCGUGAAGAUGUAGAAUCCUUCACAGCUCUGACUGACACAACGGUGAAAGUUUUAAUGUAUAGGGAGUGUCUGCUGACUGACAACAGUGGAGCACGACUUAUAGAAAUUAUUAAUACGUACAAAAACGUUACAGACUUUGAUUUGCUUGAUUGUACACUAGAAGGGACAGGGCAAGGUGCUAUAUAUCUGAAGGAUGAAAACUCAUCUCUUACCACAGUAGUGAUCAAGAAUCUGUACAUACCAAAUUUUUAUAUUUUUUCAGACUUAAGGACUGUAUAUAAGAUAGUGCGUAAAAUUAAAAGCCUUACCUGUGUUGAUAGCAAAGUGUUUUUGAUGCCUUGCAAUUUUUCCAGAUCCUUUAUGAUGAUGGAGUACCUUGACUUAAGUGGCAAUAUCCUGACGGACCUGCUUUUGCAAGGUGCAUCUUGUUUUUAUGAUGGAUAUGGUGCUUGGCCUUCACUGAAAACGUUAAAUGUGAGCAAAAAUCGAUUGCUUUCAUUACCAAAAGUUGCUGAAACAUUAGUACAUGUACCCUCUUUAACCAGCAUUGAUCUUAGUCAAAACAGUUUUGGUGGUUCAAGUUCCUCUUCAUGUACAUGGCCUGUAAACCUCAAAUCCUUAAAUAUCUCAAAUUGCCAAAUCAGACAUAUCAGUGACUGCAUUCCUGUAACUUUGGAGCAUUUGGAUGUGAGUUUCAAUAAUCUUGAAGUAUUUGGAUUGUCUAUGCCAGAUUUAAAAGAGCUUUACAUAUCAGAAAACAGAUUAACUAAACUGCCAGCGGAUGCCCACCUACCGCGUUUAAAUCUGUUUAUAAUCCGAGAAAACCGGCUCAUUGACUUUUUCCAGUCUGACUUGAACUUCUUUCCAAAUUUAACAGGACUAGAUGGAAGAAACAAUAAUUACUUCUGCUCCUGUCAGUUUGUGGAUUUUGUUAGCAAAAAUCAUAAACUACUUGUUGGUUGGCCACAAGACUACGUUUGUGACUCUCCGACAUCUGUCAGAAACAAUCAAAUUGACAAAGCAAACCUUCCUCUCUUAAUGUGCCACAAAACAUUAGUUGUGACACUAACGUGCAUCAUCUUGAUAUUGGGCAUAACCUUUAUUUUGGCGCUUUGCUAUUAUUUUCACAUUGUAUGGUAUGUGAAGAUGACCUGUGCCUGGCUGAAAGCAAAGAGAAGACCAUUGAAAGUACUGGACAGAGAAAUCUGUUAUGACGCAUAUGUAUCAUAUUGCGAAAGAGAUUCGGAAUGGGUGGAAAAUAUGAUGUUGCCAUUAUUGGAAAACGGUGAUCCUCCAUUCAAGAUAUGCUUUCAUAAGCGAGACUUUGUGCCUGGCAAAACGAUCAUCGAUAACAUAAUUGAUGCCAUGGAAACGAGCUACAAAACCCUCUUUAUCUUGUCUGAGCACUUUGUUCAAAGCGAAUGGUGCAAAUAUGAGCUGGAAUUCUCACACUUUCGUCUUUUUGAUGAAAAUAAUGAUACAGCCAUUUUGGUUAUCCUGGAACCUAUUGAAAGGUCAACUGUCCCAAAAAGAUUUGCCAAACUGCGCAAACUCAUGAACACAAAAACCUACCUCAAGUGGCCAACAGAGGAAGAGGAACAAGAAGUCUUCUGGACUAACCUGAAGGAAGCUCUUCAGCCAGAGGACCACUAUCAGUCAUAAUGUUGUGACAAUUGGACAACU